GCUUCCUUCUCCCCGCCCGAGAACCCGCCAUUUUGAAAACCUUGUUGAUUCCGGGAGAGAGAGAGCGCCAGUGACCGACCGACCGGCCGCGAGACGCGGAGCGGGCGUGUGUGUCCGUGUGUCGUGUCCGUGCCGUGUCUAUCUCGCUGCGCGCCGGGGUGACCGGCCCCGCCCCCUUCUCCGGUAACUGUCGCCUCCAGCUGCCGGUACUGCCGCAGCCGCGCCCGAGGAAGGAGCCAGAAGCCGGGGCUGGAGCUGAGAACCAUACACCAUGUCUUCUGUUGCUUCAUCAAAAGAAGAUACAAUGUCGUCUGAGAAAGCAGAUGAGAAACAACCUGAAACUGAAAACAAAGCUGAGGAAAGUGAUGAAGAUGAAGAAGAGGAAGAAGAGGAGGAGGAAGAAAAGGAAAAGAGUCUCAUUGUUGAAGGAAAAAGGGAGAAAAAGAAGGUAGACCGACUGACCAUGCAAGUGUCCUCAUUGCAAAAGGAACCUUUUACAAUUACACCAGGAAAAGGACAAAAACUCUGUGAAAUUGAAAGGAUACAAUUCUUUCUGAGUAAAAAGAAGACAGAUGAACUUAGGAACCUGCACAAACUCCUCUACAACAGGCCAGGCACUGUUGCUUCCCUAAAGAAGAAUGUGGGUCAGUUCAGUGGGUUCCCAUUUGAAAAAGGAAGUGACCAAUACAAGAAGAAGGAAGAAAUGUUAAAAAAAUUUAGAAAUGCAAUGUUGAAAAGUAUCUGUGAAGUUCUUGACUUGGAAAGAUCAGGAGUUAACAGCGAGCUGGUAACCAGAAUCCUAAACUUCUUAAUGCACCCAAAAUCUUCAGGCAAGCCAUUGCCAAAGUCCAAAAAAACACCAAGCAAAGGUGGCAAAAAAGAACGCAGUAGCACUGGAACAACAAGGAAAGCAAAACGCACCAAGUGCCCAGAGAUUUUGUCAGAUGAAUCCAGUAGUGAAGAAGAUGAAAAGAAGGAAAAGGACGACUCUUCAGAAGAAAAAGAAAGUGAAGAUGAGCCCCCUAGAAAAGCAUCUAAAAGAGAAAAAUCUAAAAAGAUUACUUCCAAAACCAAGAAAGCUAUGAAGGGUGCAAAUGUCAAGAAGGCAGACAGCAGCACUACUAAAAAAAAUCAGAACAGUUCUAGAAAAGAAAGUGAGUCUGAGGAUAGUUCAGAUGAUGAACCUUUAAUUAAAAAGCUGAAGAAACCACCCACAGAUGAAGAACUUAAGGAAACUGUCAAGAACUUGUUGGCCAAUGCAAACUUGGAGGAGGUCACAAUGAAACAAAUUUGCAAGGAGGUCUAUGAAAACUAUCCUAGUUAUGAUUUAUCUGACAGGAAAGACUUCAUUAAAAAAACAGUGAAAGAGUUGAUUUCAUGAUGUGAUUUGACUGUGGGAAAUGAAGAUUCCUGGUUUUAUGUUCCCAUGGAUUUGAAGAUCUGAUAGGCACCAGCAAAAGGAAUGUGUCUUACCCUUGUGGUAUUUAGUCAGAGCUGAUUCUGCUGAUUUAAUGUUACGAGUGUUGAUGUAAAUUGCUUUGUGUAUCUUUUUUUUUUUUUAAACAAAACUGCAUCUGAUGCAGUUUUUAGUUGAACAUGCUUAAGUUUUGUGCAUGGCAAUAAAUGUUCCCCUUUUUAUAGUUUUGUAAAUUUUGAAUUGCUUUGUAUAACUAGAUUGAUUAGAACAAUCGUAGCUUUUUAGUGUGGAUUACUAGCUUGCAGGAGAUCUUAAAAUUAAAAAAGACGAAAGCUGCUUAUCUGCACAUAUACAUGCAGAGACUGGAAUAUUGCAGUAUUGGUUAUAAAGAUAUUUUGAAUACAUAUCCAUUCUGAAAAUAGCAAGAGUUAGUCACAUAUUAAUGUCUUUUAUAUUCUAAUGCAUUCUACAGAUGCAGAAUUAUUCUAAAUAUCAAUUACUGUCUUGCAUGUGUAGGCACUGAGAACUGUCAAAGCAUGGUAACUAAUUGGCAUAUAGAUGUUAUUUUUGUACUUCUAAAAGGCUUUCUGUUGUGUAUAUAAAGCUAUUUCAGAUUUCUUUUGUGCAAAUCAGUUUUUAAAAUCUUGUUGUCUUAGGAUUUAUGACAUGAAAUGUCAGUGUUCAGCAGUGAGGCUGCGAUGAAAAGUGGUAUGCAUAAGUUUCAUGAAACUACAAACAAAUUGAUGUUUUAUGAUGUUUGUCCCAUCUUACCUUGUACAGAAACUAAACUGUAGUUUUAUACUUAAGCUUUUCAGCAUUUAACUUUGUAAAAAAGACUACAGAUACAUUUGGUUCAAUGGCUUAACAUAGUAAAUAAAAUCCCUCCAAAGGCUAUAGGAAAAUUUCUAAAGUUCACUUUGCAAAAUAUCUUUUAGUGUCUUGACUUGAUGGCCUAGCAUCUCAGAAGUGGGUAUCCCAGACAUACAGCUGGGAGGCUUGAUAGCUUUGGAAGCCCACAGUGGGGCUUCCGCAUCAGGCAGUGCUGAUGUGCGUGGUUAAGCUCUCUUCUGUAUGGGAAAGCUCUUCUGAACCUGGGCCUUGGUGCCUCAACAUGGACAAUGGUACUUUUAAGCCUGAGUCUUGAACUCUGGCCUACAGCUUUUUGGAUCAAAGUGAACUCCUAGCAUAAAUUUUUGUUGUGUAGGUUUCUGUUCUCUAUACACCUCGUUGCUAAUACGGGAAGUCCUUACACUUAAAAUCAUGAAACUAGUAGUUGCCAAAGUGUGGGCUGCUGUUAACGCCAUGAGCACGGAAUCACUCUGACUGUAGUAUUGCUGGAAGACAAAGCAUAUUUUUUUGGAUUUUAUUAUUGUACAGUUGAGAAAUAAGGGUUCAUAAAUGAUCUAGAUUCUGAAAAUGUUCAGCCAUUUAGACUAUUAGUCUUCACACACUUCUUGAAUUUUUGCGUGUAAUCCUUUAUAAUAAGGCUGAAUGUAAUGGGGGUUUUUUGUAUUCAAUAAAUGUCUUUCACAAAAAUGUAAAUCAAUUUUGAUGAUCUAACAUUUGCUUAAAUGUAUAGUAAAAAAAAAAUCUAUACAGAAACAAGGUUGUUGUCUUUGUCUCAUCUGCUAGAAACUAUUCAAGCCUGAUUCAUCAUCAGGCUUCUCUGCUUUGAAGAUACUAUUGCUGAAAUGUAUGUCCUUGCACUAGCAUAAGAUUUUAAGUCUUCUCUGAGGUUGGUUUAUUUGGUUUGGUUUGGUUUUCUCUGAACUACCUUAGCAUAAAAAACUCUUUAAUUUGCAAUUAAAACUGUAAAAAGUU